AGAAGACCGAUCUUUGAAGGCCUAGCAGCAGCAUUCAUGGUGAUAUUCGGAAUCAGCAUCGUCGACUACCUAUAGUCCACUCGGUUUCGUUGAAAAAGCGAUUUAUCAGUUGGGGUACUUCCCUCGUUAGCAAAAAAAUAUUUUGUUCAAUUUGUGUAUUUUAAUUUAAUUUAAUUAAUUGUUUGUAUUCACUAAAGAAGAUUGAACUAAUCAAUCGAAGCAUUCAGAAAUAAAUAAAUAAAAUUUAUUACGAAGGAAACUAUAAUUAUAAAAAUUUUGUCUAACUUCGUACUGAUAUUGAUUCCUCAAAAAUAAAAUCCAUAAAAUUCUUCUAUCUUAACGAAAAACAGUCUUGCAGAGCUGUGCAACAUCUCAUUUUGCUCUGAAUUAAAGGGGCUGUUAUAUUUAAUACUCUAAAACUGAUUUCUAAAACGUCAAUUUUGGAAGGUUUUCUGAAGUCUUUCUAAGGAUCUACUUCAGUUUUUCCUAGAAAAUCUGCCACACCCCUAUGUUUGUUCACUUUUUUGAAGCUCUACCCAAUGGUGGGAGUCCCGAAAAUUUUGGUGUUUACUUAAGUCGAGUUAUUUAAAACUUAAAUUUCAGAAUUAAAUUAAUGUUUCGGAAAAAACUUGAAAUUUUACGUUGGAAAAUUGUCUUUUUUUUAAAAUGUGACCCAUUCAAUUCUAAAAAUCGAAUGGUAUAUUUGAGAUAUUGUUAAAGACAAUAGGUUUAUGUAAAAAAAUUAUUUUGUAAAAAUAGGUGUGCGAAAAACCAUGGUUUUUCUGAAAUCACACGUCCAAAUUUUUUAAACUUUUUUCAAAUCAGCCAAAAGAAAGAGUGUCCUUCAAAACUCUUAAACACAUAAAACAUAGAAGAAAAAUUUGUCGUUGUAAGCGUGAUGAAGUUAUGUAAAGCGAUUAAAAUGUAGUUGAGUUAAACUAGUUGCGUUCUGUAAUUAAAAGUGAUGCGCAAAUAUAGCCUGUAAUAGCCCAAGUAAAUACGACCCAAUUUUUUUGAGUUAUUUAUCUAGAUUCAGCUCCAUGUACAUCUAGAUGCACGUGGAGCUGAAUCUAGAUAAAUAACUCAAAAAAAUUGGGUCGUAUUUACUUGGGAGAGUGUAAGAUCAGAUGGUAUUUCUGUUACCCACUUAUUAUUACUGAAAGUCUUCAUCUCGGAAAUUUAUUUUUUAAUCAAUAUUGAAUAAUAUGUGUAGAGAAGAAAUACGUAUUCAUGAAGUCAAAUAUUAGGACUAUCAUAUAGAGAAUUGACAACUGAUUGAUCGUACACUAUUGUUACCACUUUUAUGGAAAUCAAAUUUUUUGUACGAUAAACAAUUACAAAACGAGUUAAUUGUGAACUUUGAAGAUUCUUAGCAAAAUUUUGAAACACUACACAACACAUAUCAUAAACACGCAGCCGUUGUUUUCUAUGAUAGCAGUGCAUAUGUUUGUAGUUAAAAUCGCGUUUUUUAGUGAUGAUUAAGAAUUGUACAAGUUCAACGGUUUUUGGGAGAUGUCGAAGUGAUUUUGUCGUUUAUAUAUUUGUCCUGCUUAAGGAAUUAGUUCAUGUUUUUUUUUUUGCAUGGACAAUAGCUGAUAUGCUACAUAAAUCAGCGUUUUUAUUCUAAUCCUCUUAUACUAAUAGCCGGUACGAUUUUGAAUGUUUUAGGUGUUUUCAAACUCCUAUCAUUUCACACCUUAUUGAACUUUCCUCAUUGUAUCGUACUGCAUAUCCACCAACACAAAAGGAUAGUAAUCAUCAAACAUGUAGCUUACAAAAAAUGACAGCUACUGUUUUGCAUUUACAAUUAAAUAAGAAAUACCAGUGUGUAAACUGGUCAAAACGUCCACUACCAUAUUCUUGGAAAGAUUAUGCAGCAGCUGAUGUGAUCGUUAUGAUAGAAAUUUAUGAUUCUUUAUUAUCUAAAAUAAAAGAAAUUUAUUCAGCAUCAACAUCGUUUGAUGGAACAGAUAACGUCAAAACGAAACAGACAGUAUUAGUCCAUGAUUUAGCAGAUCCAUUUGAUGAAAGUUCAUCAUCCUUAGAAGAAGACAAAGAUAAACCAGGUGAAAAUCUUUCAAUGUGUAGUUGGAACUGGACAUGGUCAACAUUUCAACAAAGUUUUGAGACAACAAUUGAUUUAACCCAAGUAAAAAUUUAUCAGUGUUAUUGUAGUGAACGUUUUGUAACAUCUAAAGCACGUUCAAAACAUGCAAAAUCAUGCGUUGAAGCAUCAAAACAAAAUAGUCAAUAUUCAACACAACAAAAUGAUCCAAUAGUAAAUAAUAGUGAAUUAUUACAUUUUAAGCAGCAACCACGUAAGAAGAAAAAGAAAAAAAUUAUUAUUGCACAUGAUGCAAAAAUAAAACCAAAACAAGAAGAAAGUGAUGAUGAAGAUGAACAACAACAAGAGGAAGAAUCAUUCUCAUCCGAAAAAGGAUAUGAUAAAAUGACUAAUGGAAAUUUGACAGCUGAAACAUAUGAUAAUAUGUUGAACAUAUCACCUUUAUCUUUGACUACGUAUUCUCGGAGAGGACGCGGUUUUAUUCCUCCUGGACUUAAAAAAGCCUAUGAGGAUAUUAAUUCGCCAGAUCAUGAACUGUGUCAUCCAGCACCUCAAAUUCAAUCGACUAGAUAUGAAAAUAGUCGACCACCAGAUGCAAAAUAUUUUCUAAAUGACGAAGACAAUGAAGUAGCUCAAAUAUUUGGUUUUGACAAAUCAUCAUCCACAAAGUAUUCUCAUCGAUCAACAAAUCAUGUUAUACAAAAACCACCUGCAACAUCACAAAAACCAGUUAUGAAUAGCUAUAAUAGUACAUAUAAUCAACAGCAAAAUAAACCAAAAAUUGCACAGUUUCCACCAGCACCAAAAGAACCGACAUAUCAUAGCACACCAAAUGAUUUGAUUAUUCGACCUGAUUCUAAUCGAUCUGAUCUCACAGUUUCAACAAUAAUGGAUAAGCUUGUAUCAUCCUCAUGCGAUCCAUCGAUAGAUGAUACAUUGACUUUACCGUUUCAUAAUACGUCAUUUAUUGCUGGCCGUGGUCGAGGAAUUGGUCGUGGUCGACCAAAAACUAGUGAUGGUAUUGGGUAUGAUCAAGGUCCCCCAAUACCCUCAAUGCCAUUUUAUCUUAGACAAGAAAAUGAUUCUUUUACAUAA